GAGUUUUGAUAGCUGAGUAUAGAUAUUAAAAUAAGGCAGCAAAUAAUGAUUGUUCUUAAGAUGCUAAUGAAAUUAAUAUUAACUGCUGUUCUUUUGACUACAGUAAAUGGUUUUAAAAUGCCUUCAAGUUCAAGCAACGUAGGUACGGGAGAACACUUUCAACCUUGUCAAAAAUGGAUUAAAUGUAAAGCAGAGGAUAAAGCCGCACUUGAUGAGUUUGUUGGAUGCAUAAAUAUGAUACCAGAUGAGAAAAUGAAGAAGUUUAUAAAAGUACUGUCAAAUUAUGCCAAAAAAGAAGAAUGGUCAGACGCAGAAGCAGCAUACAAGGAUUACUGUACCUGGGAUAAUGAACAACAGAAUCUUCAAUUUAUCGAACUUUUACACGUAUUUGUAGAGGACUACUCAGAAACCUGUGCUGAUUUUUUCCAAGCUAUUACAUGCACAAAACUGACACAGGCGAAUGCAUGCUUUAUAGAUGUGUUAAACAGAGUUCACGCUGAAGGAAAAUGCUGAUGUCUCAAAUACUAACAUCGAACUAAGAUGUUUCUCAGUUAUGUAAACCUUGGCCUUCAACCUUUCUACUAUUAAAAUGGUUUAUAACUGUUUAUUUUUGAAAAAAAAAAAAUACAAUCUCAAUAAAUUCUCGCAACAAA